AAAGGAACAAAUUGAUUGUUCCUGUUCUCUUUCUUAAGUCACUUUAAACACUGUCCCUGAAUGAUCCUGUAGUAAACUGCUGAGCGUGGGACAGGGAGCAGGAGAAGCGUAAGAGGAGAAGAUACAGAUAUUACUGUUCCUUCUCGGCACACUCUGGAUAAUGCAGGCACAUUUAAAUCUAACCGAAAUUGAAGAUUCAAGACACAAACAGACGUAAAGAAGCCCAGCUUCCAUCCACACAGCCAACAGCCGGAAAAUAUAAAGAACAACAGUAUAGUUGCACCAUAUGGUGAGCAAUACACCGACCCCUUCCCACUCUACCAACGGCAAACAGAAGAUCUGCAUGAAUUUAAGGAGGUUCUAGAAAGUAGUUCCAGGUAAAGACAGAGCUCCCCCAGCAAGAUGUCCAGCAUGGGAGAAAAAAUGGAUUCAAGGCUGCAAAUCAUGGAAGAGGAGAAGAAUUUUUUGCAGUCUAGACUUCCUUUAAUGUAUCCAUGUUCUCACUUUCCUGCCUUUAAUGCAAAUAUGAUUGACUUGUGCAACCUUGGCAUACAAUACUAUAGGACACUGGACCAUUUUUGGGGCAGACCCAUAAAGCAAGAACCAGUAAUGACAAAUAUAAUGUGGCCAAAUGGGCCCCUCUAUCUACAUUCUUCCUACCAAAAAAACUAUCCUGGUACAAUGUUUCCAUAUCAUAUGGCACCGCAGAGCAUCCACACGAGGAACCAUUUUGCUAGUAAGAGGCUAGAUGAAGAUGCACUGCGUAAAUCUAGCGUUCGUGACAGCGAGGAUCAUAAACAAAAGGUGGAAAAAGUAGAUGUAAAUAUUCAAAUUGAUGACAGCUUUUAUGUGGAUAUAGGUGACCAAAAACGCUGGAAAUGCCCAUUGUGUGAUAAGUCAUACACAUCCAAAUAUAAUUUGGUAACCCAUAUUAUAGGGCACAGUGGCAUAAAACCCCAUGCUUGCACACAUUGUGGGAAACUGUUUAAACAACUGAGCCAUUUGCACACUCAUAUGUUGACACACCAAGGAGCACGACCCCACAAGUGCCAUGUUUGUCACAAGGCCUUCACCCAAACCAGCCAUCUGAAAAGACACAUGAUGCAGCACAGUCAAGUGAAACCUUACAGCUGCAGAGUAUGUGGCCGGGGAUUUGCUUAUCCCAGUGAGCUUAAAGUCCAUGAAAACAAGCAUGAAAGUGGGAGAGAAAAUAUUUGUGUUGAGUGUGGACUAGAUUUCCCCACCCUGGCCCAGCUGAAAAGACAUUUGACAGCCCAUAGGGGCCCUGUGCAGUACAAUUGCACCGAAUGCAAUAAAACCUUCCAGUACCCCAGUCAGCUGCAGAAUCAUAUGAUGAAACACAAAGACAUUCGGCCUCAUAUCUGCUCAGAGUGCGGCAUGGAAUUUGUGCAGCCCCACCAUCUGAAGCAGCAUUCUCUAAUUCACAAGGGAGUGAAGGAGCACAAAUGUGGAAUAUGUGGCCGAGAAUUCACCCUGCUGGCCAAUAUGAAGAGGCACGUUCUGAUCCAUACGAAUAUCAGAGCCUAUCAGUGUCACCUCUGCUUUAAAAGCUUUGUCCAGAAGCAGACGCUUAAAGCUCACAUGAUUGUCCAUUCCGAUGUGAAGCCAUUCAAGUGCAAGCUUUGUGGGAAGGCAUUUAAUCGUAUGCACAAUUUAUUGGGGCACAUGCACCUACACUCUGACAGCAAGCCUUUCAAAUGUAUCUACUGUUCCAGCAAGUUCACACUGAAGGGGAAUCUCACAAGGCAUCUGAAAGUGAAACAUGGUGUUACUCCGAGGGGGUUUCAUUCUCGAGGAGCAGGGAGAGGAAGAGCAAGUUUAUUCCGCUCUAUCAACCUGGGCAGCAUGGAACAGAAAGAACCCUUUGACCUUUCUAAAAAGAGGCGGUUAAAGGAAACCUUGUGCCAUUCUGACGGAGAGAGUGUAAAGAGCAGCUCUUCCCAAGAGGAUAAAGACGAAUCUCUCAACAGUCCUGGAAUAUAUGAACAGGACAAUAGAUACCCAAGAGAAGGGCAGCAUGGUCACCCAAGUGCCCUCACAAAGUCGUUCAGUCAGAAGCUGGAAGCUGCUACACACAGACAAAAGAAUGAUGAAAGAAUCAGUAACAGUCACCAGAAGGAAGAGUCACAUAAAGAAUUUAGCACAACGGAGAUGCAAUGUGAACUACCUGCUUCCGAUUAUUCAUAUUAUCACAAUAACACAAACACAGAUGAAACAUCAAACAAAAAGCUGAAAAGGACCUCCAACCACCACAACAACCACCAUGAUCAUUCAAGGAUGUGAAUUUAUAUCAUCAAAGAAUAUUUGCCGUACUCUUACAAUAGAAUUCAGCAAAAAAAAUAUAUUUAACUUUUUUGGAAAACAUUUUGCAUAUGUUAAAUCCAAAGAAAAAUUGGGCAAAUACUCCAGAUUUGUGUAGCUGCUGCAUUAUUUUACUACAUUGGCCUUCUAAACCUUCUGCCUUGCUCCUCAUUUGUCAUGGAUUUGUGUUCAGUGUUUCAUUGAUUUCAGCCUAAACCUUUUGUUUGCUCCUUGGCCAAUACAUAAAUUCACAUAAUAUAAAGUGUAUUCUAAAGAAAAUACAUAUUUUUCUAAAGCCUCAGCGCCAUGAGAUCUAAGGUGCAUUAAAGGUAAGUGUACAACAUUCCAGAUAUAUAUUUAUACAUAUGGCUUUAAAUAAGUGCUAUGUAAUAAUAAAUAAUUUUCAUUACAAAUCCAGUUUGAUGGAUUGUUUUUGCCCCCCAAACAUUUCUGCAUAUGCCCAAGAAAUAAGCAGCUAAUUCUACAAAUUCUACCUCCCAGUAGUUUUGGAUUUUAUCUGUACUUACAUUAGGUCCAUAAAUAUUUGGACAAAGACAACUUCUAAUUUUGGUUCUGUACAUUACCACAAUGAACUUUAAAUAA